UUCCCGGACGCUCAGUCAGUAAUUUUUAUUCGUCGCUGCCAAACUGAAGAUUACCUAAAUAGUAAACGCUUCAGCUAUCAUCUCCCGGUUUCGUGAAACAGUAAGAAGAAAAAAAGAAGAAACGAUGCGAGCGUGUUCGAUGCUGAUCGAUCUAGUCUGCGUCAUGACCGUAUUAUAUACGGUCUCGGGGCACCCCUUUUCGUUCCUGCCACGCCACGCGGUUGACCGAGCCGCCGAACGCAGGAACAUAGGCAGACAAAUGGUCGAGCAGAAUUCGAAUUUCCUAACGCCAUGGUCGGAAUAUAAAGAACAAGCUUUCCAAUCAAGGCCCGUGGAACCGUGGACCAAAAUCACUCAGCAUCCGGUGAAGGGCAUUGAAACAACCGCAGGGAGCAGGGUGGAAUUAGAAUGUAAAGCCAGCGGAAGUCCGCCGCCGGAAGUAUUCUGGUUCACCGGCAGCGGCAGCAAUGAUGAACUGCUCGAGUACGUGAAAGCCAGCACACUGUCCUUGUUCGAUCCAUCCGAGGAGUGGAAAGGAGUGGCCAAAAUUAAUUCGAAGCUCGUGAUAGAAUGCGUUACUCCGGAUGAUGCUGGAUUGAUCUACUGUGCGUCGGUUUCGGCGAGAGAGGUGAAGAUCUCUACUCCUACGGUGCUGCUGGUUAACAGCGAAGCUGGUAGCGGUAAUUGCAGUUCUGAAAGCGAUCCAACGAUCACCCUUUAUUCGCCUACGAUGGUGGCAAACAUAGGAUCGAGCGUGGUGCUGCCCUGCAGAACAAGUGGCAAGCCGACACCGCAAAUUACUUGGAUGGAUAUCUACGGCGUACCUCUAAAUCCGACAACUAAUUUACGGCACCGAGUGUUAGACAACGGCGAUCUAUUAAUAGAAGAACUUCUAUGGGAGGACAUGGGUAGCUAUACUUGCGAAGCCAAAUCAGGAAAUCGCCAACAAGUAGUCAGCACGUUCGUUUACCCGUUACGUCCCGAAAAGCAAGUGAACCGAAGGGUCAACUAAAGAAGAAUCGUCGAAGCACAACCACCACGAUUGAUCUCUAUUCUAUCAUUAUACGACACGCGACAGUCUCCUUGCGCUAAGUCCGGACUCGGUUCGCUGACAUUUGAAUGGUAGUUUAAUUCUUUUAACUAUAAGAUAGUAAUAGAAAUAUAUUUCGGUACCGAAGACAAUGCGUUGUCAACGUUCGUUCAGCUAUCAUUAAUGGAACGCAGCCAUUAUUUUACUUAAACUUUUGUAAAGGAUUUUAAGGUGCCAAAGAGUUUCGUAUUUGCGAUCAUGAUAAUGGUUUUUAGUAAUAUCGAAAUAGCGAUUUUCAGCUAUUUUUAUAUUUAAUUGUAUUAUGUCUUAUGUAUUUUAGCAUCUCACGAACGAGAUUUUUUUAUUUAGUUUAAACGAAUUAUUUAUUUAUUGUGUAUGUGGACGGGAGGCAUUUAAAUGCCGGAUACACGUCACGGAGAAUAUUUCGUAUUAUUGAAAAUAGUUGCAAGAUCUUAAUGAUUAGCCUGAUAGGAGAGGAGCACCAUCGUUCCUCUGGCUUCCGAGUCUUCUUAUGCUUAUGACUUACUACUGACGUAUUAAUCACUAUCAUUUAAUUUCUUCGACUCAUCUUGUGUCCCCUUUGUUUCUAAGUUUAUGAUAACAUUAUCUAUUUUGAGCUGCUAUAUUUUUGUGGAUAAAUAAAUGUAUUUCAUUUCGUACGGUGUUUGUAAA